CACGAGCUUUGGGUGUAGCCAGAGGGACACGAUCGAGGCACUGAAAGAUGAAGCAGACUGUUUUCCUCGCAGUGUGUUUGGCGCUGUUGGUGGCUACUGCAGUUCCAGCCAAGAGGACGCGAGAUUGCCCCGAGGCCUGCCCCAGGAGAUGCCAGCCCGUGUGUGGGACAGACGGCAGAACGUAUAAUAACCCUUGUCUCCUCGAAAGGUUGAAAUGCAGUCAUAAAGUGUAUGUCGAAAUCGCACAUGAAGGUCUUUGUGAAGGAACCACGCCUUCCUGCAGAUGGAGAUGAAGACAGAAAUAGAAGGAACUGCGGUCUCUAAGAUUUGUCGAUUGAAGUUAAGAAUUGGAAUACAUUGCAGUUCAUGGAUUUUUUUUUCUUUCUUAUUUAAAAACAAAGGCGAAGAUACACAUGACAGGUUGGUUAUUACUAGUGGCAGGCUGAGUGGUUGUUGAUGAUGAUUAUUUGACAGCUGACAGGUUUUUCAUUGUUGCCAGUCAUCACCAAGCUCUCAAGCGCAUCUUCGCCUCGGUAAAAAAAUAGUUAUAUAGAAAAUAAAAAGAAUAAAAAUGAAAAAAAAAAAUAGAUGAAGAUAAGAGACGGUCGUUAUGUUUUUGAGUUCUGUCAAGUUUUAUUUAUUCCAUAUAUGAUUUUACUUUGGUAAUGCAAAUAUAUUUAAAAGGUCUA